AUGGCGCCGAGUAGCUCCUACUGUGUCCAACUCGCGACUCCCACCUCCAGCAACAGUAGCACGGCUAUCAAAACACCCGUUCCGCGCGCCAAUGGCGAGAUUGCCAACUGUACCAACUGGUACGCAUCGCAAAGCAAGUAUGACACAUGCUACAGCGUCAUCACCGGUCGUCACCUUUCAUUCGCCGAGUUCUACGCAAUGAAUCCGUCCGUAAAAAGCGACUGCAGUGGGUUGUCCAUCGGGACAUACUACUGUGUCUCAACCUACGAAGGAGGGUACCCGCCCGGCUUCCCAGGCUGGGCAUCAAGCUCCAGCAGCCCCGUCAGCAGUAUUCCACUGACGAGCUCAACUCCGACUAAUAGUGGGGUUUCAACGCCAUCUCCAAUCCAGACUGGCAUGGUGUCGACCUGUGAUAAGUUCUACAAGGUUAUUGCCGACGAUGGAUGUUAUGAUAUUGCCAACGACCACGGGAUCCCAUUGGCGUCGUUCUACACCUGGAAUCCAGCAGUCAAAACCGAUUGCUCUGGACUACAGGCGAAUGAGUACGUUUGCGUGGGUGUGAAGUCGACUUCCACUUCGGCUGUAACUGCCACCACCUCUGUAUCUGGUGUCACGUCUCCGUCGCCGAUCCAGACAGGUAUGGUUUCCACGUGUGAUACCUUUUACGACGUUCAGUCCGGUGAUUCGUGCUAUGAUAUUGCUGACACCCACGGUGUAUCGUUGGAUUCUUUCUAUGCUUGGAACCCAGCGGUCAAGACAGACUGCUCGGGACUCCAGCCUGAUGAGUAUGUCUGCGUUGGUGUUAAGGCAGCCACUGGAACUGGCGUCACGACGCCGUACCCUAUUCAGACGGGUAUGGUUGCUACGUGCGACGAGUUUUACAAGGUCAUCGCAGACGAUUCGUGCGUCGACAUUGCCAGUGCAAACGGAAUUCCAGUGGCUUCUUUCUACAACUGGAACCCGGCCGUGAAGACCGACUGUUCGGGCUUACAAGCGAAUGAGUAUGUCUGUGUCGGCGUAUCUUCCUCGUGA